AAUAAAAUCAGUGCCCAUUUAGUGCUGUUGCAAAAUAGUAUCGGCAAUAUGAAGUUUGUACUUGCUCUUAUCGGUUUGGUGUUGGCCUGCUCAGUCGACAUUUCCGUAUCAAAAGAUGCGGCUCUAGAAACUGUCAGCAAACACGGCCAAUUAUCUGUGAAGGGUGUAGACAUUGUCGAUGAAAAUGGAGAGAAGGUUCAACUGAAGGGAAUGUCUCUAUUCUGGGAUGUAUGGAUGCCUCAAUACUACAACAAGGAAUCCAUCGACGGAAUCCACGACCUGUGCCACUCCAACGUUGUACGCGCAGCUAUGUCUGUAGUAACCGAAGAAGACGGAGGAUAUAUUGAAACCCCUGAAGACACUCUAGAAAGGUUGUUCGCUGUCAUUGACGCAGCAAUUGAAGAUGAUAUUUACGUAAUCGUAGAUUGGCACGAUCAUCAAGCUGAUCUCCAUUUGAACUACUCUCUAGAAUUCUUCGAUAUCGUGUCUAAGAAAUACACUGGUGUGCCAAACAUCAUUUACGAAACUUUCAAUGAACCCACUGGACAGUCAUGGAAUGAUGUUCUUAAACCUUAUCACGAAGCCGUCAUCCAAGUCAUUCGUGCUAAUGAUCCAGACAAUAUCAUCGUUUUAGGUACCCCAACUUGGUCUCAAUCUGUCGACCAAGCUGCCGCCAAUCCCAUCACAGGUCAGAAGAACAUCAUGUACACCCUCCACUUUUAUGCUGGUACCCACAAACAGUGGUUGAGAGAUACCGCCACCAAUGCUUUGAACAAUGGUAUCCCCAUCUUCGUAACUGAAUACGGUACAGUAAACGCUGAUGCCAGCGACCCCAUUGACGAAGCUGAAUCUCGUUUGUGGUGGAACUGGCUCGACGAGCACAACAUUUCCUAUGCUAACUGGGCCAUCUCCGACAAAAUUGAAGGCGCUUCCGCUUUGGUACCUAAUGCUACCUCUGCUGAGGUCUGCCAAGAAGAAUUCCUUACUGAUUCUGGAAAACUCGUAGUUGCACAAAACAAGGCUUAAGUACAUAUAUUUUGAAAUAAAGUUUGUUAGUAUUUACAAUAUAUCUUAUUUUUCCCGUCA